AUGGCGCCAAUGACGCGCGUGGACCACGAUGCUCUCGAGCAACAACUCAAGGACACAAUCCAAACCCUCACCAACGUCCUAGUCCAAGUAACCAACUACGACAACGCCGCCGGCGCCCCUCCGGUGCCCCCCUCAGGCAACAACACCCCCUCCUCGGCCUCCCCGCCCCACAGCCGCCCCUCGCGCGACGUCAUCGCCAACGAGCUGCGCACCCUAAGCGCGAACCUGCAAUCCAUCCACUCGCGCGCCACCGACCCGCUGCUGCCACCCCUGCCGAGGGUGCCCCCCGAGCUGGUCGAGUACGUCGAGAACGGCCGCAACCCCGACAUCUACACGCGCGAGUUCGUCGAGGCCGUCCGCCGCGGCAACCAGCUCAUGCGCGGCAAGCAGGCCGCUUUUGCCUCCUUCCGCAACGUGCUGGCCGCCGAGAUGGAGCGCGCGAUGCCCGAGUUGAGGGACGAUGUGGCGAGGGUGCUGGUGAAUACUGCGAGGAGGUGA